AUGGGUUUCGCUGAUUUUAUUGAAAAACGAAGAAAAAAGAAUCCGCCAAUUAUUGGAAACAGUGGAAUUCCGGCGUAUUGUUUGAAGAAAAUUGGAUCAAGGCAUAUUUUGUUGGCUGGCGGUGGAGGAGCGGCAAAAACUGGUGUGAAAAAUGAGAUUGAGGUGAGUUGAAUAAUACAUUGAGGUUGAGAUGAAAGAUAUUUUGCAGACACAUCUUCUUACAACAAAUCUUGCCAAUCCAGAAAUUGGUUUGCGUGCAGAAUGUGUAGAUAAGGUAAGCUUUUUGAAUUUUGAGGUAAAUUGAAAUAGAGCAAGCCUGUGUGGCAAAAGAAAGCUCGAAAAAUAAACAAUUCUGACUUAUAAAACAGUUUUCCUAUCAAUUUUGAUUCUAAAAACCAAAUUUAGUAGUGUUUCAUUGUAUGAAUGUUGAAUCUUUCUCAUUUAUCAAACCUUACAAAAAAAGUUCAUUUUUUUCAGUUCAACACGGAUACAUUUGCCACAAUGAAUAUGGAUAUUGCAUGUGUUGGUGAAGAGCAAAACGGGAAAUAUGUUAUAGCAGCGGGUCAUGAUCAGUUUUGUGAUUUAUACAUAACGCGAGGAUACAAAUUGACCGACGAAGAACUCGAAAGACGACUGGCGUAUGAUAUGUCUUCUAUGAAAAGAAUAAGAACCGAUGAACAUCCUAAUAAUUCGUAUCAGGUUAUUAUUUUUAUUCAGAAUCAGAAAUAAGGUUGAGAAACAAUUUUGAUAUUUCAGAAAUGUGUGAGAUUUGAUAGAAAUUCUCGUGGACGAAUAUUUGCAACUGGAGGUGCUGAUGGAAAUAUUCGAAUUUGGGAUGCAAGAGUAAUUUUGAGAAGUGAAUCUGAAAAUGAGGCGGUUCCUCUAAUAACAAUAAAAGCGCAUAAAAACGAUGUUGAUGAUUUGGAUUUCGGAUUUGAUUCACAAACUAUUAUGUGGGUUUUUAUCUAGGAUGAACGAAAUGAGGUUUCAUUUCUUGAGAAAUUUCUGAUUAAAAAUUAGAUAUGUUUAAGAUUCAAAAACACAGUCUUUUCUUUUGAAAUAUUAAUUUUCAGAUCAAUUGGAAGUGAUGGAACAUCGAGUAUUUGGUGUACAAAAACAGGCGAAAAACUACUCGAUUUACCAUUUCCAAGUGAACUGUCAAAAGGCUUCAAAAUGCGCUCAAUUCGAUGCACAAAUCUUGGAGCAGCUAGCAACAAUAAUGUAUUUGUUGCCGCUUAUAAUUCGAUUUCUCGAUCAUCCAAAGAUAUGGCUAGUUAUGUUGCAUUAUGGGCAUUUAACAUGGAAAGAAAAGCAGCGAGACCGUUUGUUGUCAAAAUUGUGGCAAAAGGUGAAGCGGUUUCUUCGCUAGCAGUUUCCGAUUGUGGAAAUUUUGUUGCGAUUGGAACAAUGUCGGGAGGUGUUGCUGUUUUUGAUACUCAUGAAUUCAAACGAUUGUUAUAUUCUCCGGUUUGUUUUUCUCAUUAAAUAGGUUGUUUUCGAAUUUAUCUUAUGUUCUUCUAGGAAACCCAUGGAAUUUUUGUGACUGGUCUUGAAUUUGUGAAUACUGUAGCUGGAAAUAUAUCAGAUGAUACAUCGUUAUCCCCAGUUGGUCCUGGUGCUGCAUCUGGUUAUCAAACUACAGUAUUAUCAUUGAGUGCUGAUCAAAGUGUUCAACUUCAUCGUGUUCCAUUUGCCAAACCGACUCCAUUCACCGAAAUUCUUCUAAUCGCAUCUCUCAUAAGUCUAUUUUUAUGGUACUUUUUAUCGUUUUUCAUUUGA